AUGAGGAACGUCCCUCCUGGUGCGGCGAAAACCCCGGUGGGUCAAAAACAACUGAUGCUGCGUCAGGUCAAGAUAUGUGCUACCCUUGCACUCUUAUCAGUUUCUUUCGCCUCACUGGAUUUUUCACCGUACAGAGAGGGACGCCAGCUCUUGUACCCAUACCCCGAAUAUUUCCUGUAA